UUCCUCACUGACUCGCUCAGAAGAAUCUGUGUCAGAAAAUGAAUAAUCAAAAGCCAAAACUAACUAACAAACAAACAAAAUUUUCCGUUUUACUUACCUCCACCGCACAACACAAAUAAGCUGAAAUUGAAAAACCGCUUUUCACUUUUUCACUUCUUCUUCUCAAACAAACCAUUCUCCUCGCCAUGACUAUUGUAGCAGCUUCUUCUUCACUACCAUUUUCCUCCGCCUCUGAAGGGAUAUGUUACCCAUUAACAUAUGGAGUAACUUGUAAUUCUAUCAAAUACCCUAUUGAUGGGCGAAGGGUGCAUGAUCUUACCAACACAAGAUGCAAAAGUACAUUUUUUGGAUCACCGCGCUUCCUUUGGCUAUCCACGGAGCAUCAUUUCCUUUCAAAGAUUUGUGUUGCUGCAGACUAUUCAGAUUCUAUAUCUGAUCCAUACCAUCCUCUUGAAAAACUGAAAGUUUCCAAUGAUGUUCCACCAGCUAGACUCUCUUCUGCUGAAAUAGCUAGAACUACUAUUGAGGCUGCUAAUGACGCUUUGCUAAUAUUUCCUGGAAUGGUACACUCUGAACGGCAUGAACAGAUUUCAUGGGCUGAAUCUCAAUUUGUUAUUGAUGUUGACGGAGAGAUAUAUUUUAGAAUAUUUGAUGACGAAAACCUUUUGGCAGAUCGUGGGGCAUAUAAUCCGGUGAAUGCUUUAUUUGGAAUGGACAUCCCAAUGUAUGAUAAUACAAGGAUAGUUAGUGAAUAUGACAUUUUCUACGGUGGCAUCACUGAUCCAUUCCUGAUUGAUGAUAAUUUCAUUGAGGUUCCGGAUUUUGAAGAGUUUAAUGCUCUAGAGAAUCCAAUUUACUUUUCGAAGUGCUUGGAAAAGGCUAUCAACAGGGAAUGUGAAAAGAGAAUGAGUCAUCCUUCGAAUGGUGUUUCCAUUCUAGGGAACCUUGUACCUGCUUACGCUGAUGAAGAGUUUUACAAAAGACUUAUAAUUAACACUUCAGAUGGUCAUGGAUACAUGUCAGAUUUGGAAGGUUUUUUCCCAAAUCGUGUUAAUGAUGAAAGAGAGACCAAUUUUAAGUUCUAUAAGUUGGAGAUCGAGAAAAUCAUGCUAAACUGUGUGUAUGGAUCUCAGUCUGAAAUUAGCUUACUAAAGUUUGAAGAUGCUGAACCUGAUAUUUUUGCACACACUUCUUGGGGACUUCUCAAACUUUUCAACGGAAAAUAUCAUGAUGCUCUUCAAGCUUUUUGCAAAAAGAAAGGUCUUGAUGCUGAGGAAGCACACUUGAUUGGGCUUGAUAGCCUAGGUGUGGAUGUUAGAGUUUUCUCAGGGAAAGAAGUAAAAACUCAUCGUUUUUCAUUCAAAGUCCAGGCCAAGUCAGAAGAUAUGGCUGUAAAGCAGAUUGAGAAACUUUUGUAUACCCCAUCUCGGCGAAAAAAGAAUAUGCAGCAGUCACGGCGGGGUAUCAAAAAACAAACAUGAAUUGAGUAUACCCAUACAACUUUUUUUUAUACUCGAAAGUUUUGGCAAAGGGGGUGUAAGGGCAUUACUACUCCAUUAAAGAAGAACAAAGGCCCAGAGAAUUAAACUUGAGCUUCGCUAGGGUUGUGGCGGUUACCUUUUUUCCUACAUUACUUUCUCAUAGAUCUCACAUGUCAAAUUGUAAACUUUUUGUUUUUGCUUACAAGAAUAAAUGGUGAAAGUGUUAAUAGAUAGAACUGUUUUAAUGUCUUUACCAUAGUCCUGAUUAUCAUGGCCUGAGAAAAUUUUCUACUUAGGUUGUAAAUGUUUUAGUGUUAUUUUAUGAAUAAUCCAUCAUGAUAAGAGAAGCAUUUUGACAAA